AAAAUUUCCUUUAAAUAUCCGAAAGUCUCUCACUUUUGUCAUUCGCUUCUUCUUCUUCUUCUUCUUCUUCUUGUUGUGGGUCAGCUUUUGGUUUCAACUUUCAAGCAGUUUUCUGAUAAAGAUGGUGGAAGAGAAGGCUUGGAUUGCAAAAGAUGUUACUGAAUUGGUUGGCAACACUCCAUUGGUGUAUCUCAACCAUGUCGUAGAUGGCUGUGUGGCACGGGUUGCUGCUAAGCUGGAGAUGAUGGAGCCUUGCUCUAGCGUCAAGGAUAGGAUUGGAUACAGUAUGAUUACAGAUGCUGAGGAGAAGGGUCUUAUUAAGGCUGGUGAGAGUGUCCUGGUCGAGCCUACUAGUGGCAAUACUGGCAUAGGAUUGGCGUUUAUGGCAGCUGCUAAGGGUUACAAACUAAUAAUCACCAUGCCUGCUUCAAUGAGUCUUGAAAGACGAACCAUUCUUCGUGGAUUUGGAGCUGAGCUUGUUCUCACAGAUCCCGCCAAAGGCAUGAAGGGGGCUGUUCAGAAGGCACAAGAGAUAGUGGACAAGACACCCAAUGCUUAUAUGCUUCAGCAAUUUGAGAACCCUGCAAACCCAAAGGUACAUUAUGAAACUACUGGACCAGAGAUCUGGAGAGGCUCUGCUGGUAAAGUCGACGCCUUUGUUUCUGGGAUAGGGACUGGAGGUACAAUAACAGGUGCUGGGAAGUACCUCAAAGAGCAAAAUCCUGAUGUUAAGCUCUACGGUGUAGAACCAGUUGAAAGUGCUGUCUUGUCUGGAGGGCGACCUGGCCCUCACAAGAUUCAAGGAAUUGGUGCUGGCUUCAUCCCUGGAGUUUUAGAUGUCAACCUAAUUGAUGAAGUUAUCCAAAUAUCAAGUGAAGAAGCAAUUGAAACAGCCAAGCGUCUAGCAUUGAAGGAAGGUUUGUUGGUAGGGAUAUCAUCUGGUGCUGCAGCUGCAGCUGCUAUUGAGAUUGCAAGGAGGCCAGCAAAUGCUGGAAAGCUCAUUGUUGUGGUCUUCCCCAGCUUUGGAGAGCGUUACCUCUCCUCUGUAUUGUUUGAAUCCGUGAAGCGGGAGGCAGAGAACAUGGUUUUUGAGCCCUGAGAUGGUAGUUUCAAAAGGGAUUACAAGAGUCCAUGAUGUGAAGCUGGAAGCCAAAAACAUGAGCAUCCAAAUCGCAGUGCUUUUAGUUUUGAGUGUGUUUGCUUAUCGACACUGGUCUCAAUAAGUACUAUGAAUAAUGUAUGUGAAUUUCAAAAAAGUUUGAAUGUUCACUAGAUCAGGUUAUUACAUUAUUGUAAGAAUCCAAAUUCGUAUGAGGUGUUUGAAACAAAAUAGGUCAUGCUAUUUGUAGCAAAAAAAUCCCCACUCAAAUAGCUGCACCCUUGAAAAUUAUAGAAUUUCACGUAAUUGCUCAC